GUUAUGUUGCGUUCUGGUGCUCUUUAUUUUAGCCAUCUCCUCAUAAAUUUUUGACUACUCUGGUGCUCCACUUUUUAUUUGCAGUUGAUGAUCUUGAUGCAAGUUUCUUCUUGCGCUUACAGGUUCAGGAAGAAAAGCCCGAAGGGCCAGGAUGAUAGAGCAAUUCAGGUUAAACACUUCAAAAGUAUUCCGAUGGCAGAUAUGGAGUUGGUUCUGCCUAAGAAGAAAAACCUGAGCCUCACGCUAAUGGACUGGGUUCGGUUCAUUGUUUCUGUUGUUAUUGGGCUUAUCAAGGAGGUCAUAAUCGCAUACUAUAUAUUGAUGGAAAAUGGAAAGGUUACUGUUGAGGAUCUUGAUUUGCAAUGCGAGGAGCUAAUCCAGGAAGAGUUUGGUUUGCAAUGUAAUUUUGAGGAUUCUAUACGAAGAAUUGUUUGCGUUCCCCUAAAGCGAUCCGGUAGUGGGGUCUCACCGGAGGGUGUAAUGCCGGCCGUCGUCCAGAUUAAUUGAUUCAGUAUGUAUGCUCAAACUUUCCCUUGUAAGGCAAGACACUUCAGAUACCAAUGGGUAACACAACUAAUACAUGGAAUGGCAG